AUGGAUAGCUUAUGUGCUGAGGGAAGGAUCAUGCCCAUAUUUACCAUACACUGCAAUCUCCUGAGUAUCGACGACGAAACGCUGGCGGUUCGAGGCCUGGGUCGCUCCAUGGGUAUCUACAAGGGGAUAGGUCGUAUGACCUCGGAACAAGCUCUAUUUGGGGCUGUGGUCAUGUCAGAAGGAUGGACCUCAUAUUGA